AUGCCUCGAAGACCCAUCAAGAGCGCCACUCUUCGCGUGGCGGUUGCUCCUCGGCGAGCUUCAGCUCAUCCGUCCACGCACGCUUCCAAGGACGAAACCGAUGACGAGGCCAAGGCGAUCCCCAUCGCCUCUCUUACCCUCAACACUCCUUUGACUCUGCUCAAGACGCCCAAAAGACGCGUGCCCUCCAAACCCUUCCCUUUUAUACUUUUGCCUUCGGAAUUGCGCAUCAAAGUAUACGAGCAUUACUUUGGUCACGCCGACGACGUUCUCGACCUCGGACCGGACAACUACAAGUGUAUCCACAAGCUCCUGGGCCUCAUGCGCGUCUGCAAGCAGAUACACGCCGAGGCCACUCAUCUCUUCUACAGCACCAGAUCCUUCCGCAUCUUUCCCACUUACCCCGGGCGCUACUUCAAGACCAAGAAGCCCCUGCUGGCCCGGCUCAAGCCUCGCCAGCGCCAAUGCCUCACCUCUUUGCAGCUGCGCCUCGGUCCUGGCUGGAACGCCCCCCCGCGAGGCUGGGUCGUCAACGACGCCCUCGGACUCCAAGACUGCGCCAAUGUGCACAAGCUCAGUGUCUACGUCGAAUGCGACCCGAGCGACGGCUUCUUUAAGGGCUUUCGGCACUCCGAGGGCUUCUACGAAGGCUUCAGUCGCAAGCUCCUGGCCAACAUCAUCGACGACUUGCCCUGCCUUCACGCCAUUGAGUUCGAUGCGCGAUCCUGCGUCAAGAAAUCGGGCGCCAUGAUGCACGGCCUGCUUGACGUUGCGGUGCAAUCCCAGCGGCUGAUUCGCUGGGGGCCGGAGCGCGGCUGGACUGACGCCGAGGAGGACCCCGUCGACCCAGACCCGGCCGCUCUGUUUGAAGGACUCACUCUCCAGGGCUAUGUACCGAAUGUCGUCGCUGCGGCGUAG